GGCGGGGAGCGCGCUCCUGCAGCAGCGACGGCGGUUCUCAUCCAGGCGGCCCAGCGCUCGAGUGGACGCGGGGCUUCGCAAAUGGCUUGUCCCGCUCUCGGUCUGGAAGCUCUUCAGCCACUGCAGCCUGAGCCGCCCCCCGAGCCCGCCUUCUCCGAGGCGCAGAAGUGGAUCGAGCAAGUAACUGGCAGGAGCUUCGGUGAUAAAGAUUUUCGGACAGGGUUAGAAAAUGGAAUCCUUCUCUGCGAGUUGCUGAAUGCUAUAAAGCCAGGACUUGUUAAAAAGAUCAAUAGAUUGCCUACCCCCAUUGCAGGACUGGACAAUAUCAUCCUAUUCUUGAGAGGUUGUAAAGAGCUCGGCCUUAAAGAAUCUCAACUUUUUGACCCUAGUGACCUACAAGAUACAUCCAACAGAGUAACAGUCAAGAGCAUUGAUUAUAGUAGGAAGCUGAAAAAUGUAUUAGUUACCAUUUACUGGCUGGGAAAGGCAGCGAAUAGCUGUGCGUCCUAUAGCGGAGCGACACUGAACCUGAAGGAGUUCGAAGGCUUGCUGGCUCAGAUGAGAAAGGAGACUGAUGACAUUGAGAGCCCUAAGCGUAGCAUCCGAGACAGUGGUUACAUCGACUGCUGGGACUCUGAGCGCAGUGACUCCCUGUCUCCCCCUCGGCACGGCAGAGAUGAUUCCUUCGACAGCCUGGAUUCCUUUGGCUCCCGUUCCCGGCAGACACCUUCUCCAGAUGUAGUCCUCAGGGGAAGCAGCGAUGGGAGAGGAAGUGACUCUGAAUCUGACUUGCCGCAUCGGAAGCUGCCUGACGUGAAGAAGGAUGACAUGUCUGCCAGGCGGACUUCUCACGGUGAGCCGAAAUCAGCAGUGCCUUUUAACCAGUACCUCCCGAACAAAAGCAAUCAGACGGCCUACGUCCCCGCGCCCCUGCGAAAGAAGAAAGCAGAGCGAGAGGAAUACCGGAAGAGCUGGAGCACCGCCACCUCGCCCCUGGGUGGGGAGAGGCCCUUCAGCUGUCCCGAAACAAUAGAGGAAGAGGGAAGCGAAGCGGGGUCUCCUUGUGAAGAGGAGGAACCGGCUGGCCAAAUGGAUCCUGAUGGGAGGCCUUCUGAUGGUGGGUUAGAAUUAUCGGCUGCCAGUGGUGAGGAGAAGCCUCCUCCAGAGGGGGCUGCGGUAGCACCAGCUCCCAGGUCUGAAGAAAAAGACGCUGCUGAAGUCCAAAAGCGCAGAAGGCUAGAGCAAGCUGGGAUCAAGGUCAUGCCAGCAGCACAGCGCUUUGCCAGUCAAAAGCAAUUAAGUGAUGAGAAAGAAGCCGUUCGCGAUAUUAUCCUUCGGAACGAAAACCCUUUCCUGACCCACCAACAUGGCAAAAAUUCAGAGUCAGAAGAGGGAGUUGUGUGUCGACUGCCUGACCUUGAGAAAGACGACUUUGCUGCAAGGAGAGCCAGGAUGAACCAGCCCAAGCCAAUGGUGCCACUGAAUCAACUCCUCUAUGGGCCUUACCGGAAAAAAGAGCCAGAGAAAUCAGGGAGCAGCAAACAACUUUCAAAGGGAAUCUCAGAAAAGAAAAGUCUAGAAUAUAAAAGAUACGGUCCGAGAACUCCUGUGUCUGAUGACGCAGAGAGCACGAGUAUGUUUGACAUGCGAUGUGAGGAGGAGGCUGCAGUGCAGCCGCACAGCAGGGCCCGCCAGGAGCAGCUGCAACUGAUAAAUAACCAGCUGCGGGAAGAGGACGACAAAUGGCAAGAUGACCUGGCUCGUUGGAAGAGCCGCAGGAGAAGUGCUUCUCAAGACUUAAUCAAGAAGGAGGAAGAAAGGAAAAAAAUGGAGAAGUUACUGGCUGGAGAGGAUGGGACAAGUGAGCGAAGGAAAAGCAUCAAAACCUACAGAGAAAUUGUGCAAGAAAAAGAGCGGAGAGAGAGGGAGUUGCAUGAGGCAUAUAAGAACGCACGGUCCCAGGAGGAGGCGGAGGGCAUCCUUCAACAGUACAUCGAGAGGUUCACCAUCAGCGAGGCUGUUCUCGAACGCUUGGAGAUGCCAAAAAUCCUGGAAAGAAGCCAUUCAACGGAGCCAAACUUAUCCCCUUUCCCAGACGACCCCAACCCCAUGAAAUACCUGCGGCAACAGUCACUGCCUCCACCUAAAUUCACUGCCACUGUGGAAACCACCAUCGCUCGUACCAAUAUCCUGGAUACCAGCCUAUCAGCAGGCAGUGGGUCUCCGAGCAAAACUGUCACUCCCAAAGCAGUGCCUAUGCUGACACCCAAGCCUUACUCCCAGCCCAAAAACUCUCAAGAAGUUCUGAAGACCUUUAAGGUAGAUGGGAAAGUCAGCAUGAACGGGGAAACGGCCCACGGCGAUGAGGAGGAGAAGGAGAGCGAGGGUCCCCCCGAGGCGCUCGCCCCCUCCUUAACCAAGUCCCAGAUGUUCGAAGGUGUGGCCAAAGUGCACGGGUCCCCCGUGGAGCUGAAACAAGACAGCAAUGGCGUCGAGAUCAACAUAAAGAAACCAAAAUCCGUUCCCCAAGAACUGACGGCAACCACUGAGGAUAUUGACCCGAACAGUCAAGAAGAUAAGAUUGAUGGCGGAAAACCACACAAAGGGAAUAUGGAACUUGCCUCCUCAGAGCCACCGCAUUUUACAACGACAGUGACCCGAUCCAGCCCGACCGUGGCCUUGGUGGAGCUGUCCUCCAGCCCCAAGCCAAAGAACGAUGUGCUGGAGGAAGAAGACCCGAAGUCGCCGAAGACACCAGAGAAUGAAAUGAGUGGGAAGGUGGAGUUGGUGCUGUCACAAAAGGUGGUAAAGCCAAAAUCUCCAGAACCAGAAGCAACCCUGACAUUUCCAUUUCUGGACAAAAUGCCUGAAACCAGCCAGUUACAGUUGCCAAAUCUCAAUUCUCAAGAGUCUCCUGGCACUGCCAGUGUUCCGCUUAGAGUUCAGAACUCUUGGCGACGCUCCCAGUUUUUCUCCCAGUCAGUGGAUUCUCCAAGCAGUGAAAAAUCACCUGCAACUACACCUCAGUUUAAGUUCUGGGCAUGGGACCCAGAAGAGGAGCGCAGGCGACAGGAAAAAUGGCAACAGGAGCAGGAACGUUUGCUCCAGGAGAGAUACCAGAAGGAGCAGGACAAGCUGAAAGAAGAGUGGGAAAAGGCCCAAAAGGAAGUGGAAGAAGAAGAACGCAGAUACUACGAGGAGGAGCGCAAAAUAAUUGAAGACACUGUGGUCCCGUUUACCAUUUCUUCAACCUCUGCAGACCAGCUCUCCACGUCCUCCUCCGUGACGGAAGGCAGCGGAACAGUGAAUAAGAUGGACCAGGAAAACUGUCGGGAAAGAGAACAAGACUCAAGACAGAAGAAACCAUUCCAGGGGGACAUCCAUGACUUAUUGCGGAAGACUAGCGAAAGCGAGCCACUGGAGGCAAAGGGCAGCCUUACUCAGGGGGCCUUGACUGAUUCGGAGAACCCUGUAUCGAAAGGAACCCAUCAGGACGACCAGUUCGUUACAGAAGCUGGGGCCCCACACUGUGGGGUGAACCCACAGCUAGCUCAGGAUCCAUCCCGGAAUCAGCAGGUAUCAAACCCACCAAUGAACACUUUAGAAGAUGUGAAGCCAAAAACCCUCCCAUUGGAUAAAAGCAUUAACCAUCAGAUUGAGUCACCGAAUGAAAGGCGGAAGAAAAGCCCUCGAGAGAACUUCCAGGCAGGACAUUUGUCCCCCUGUCCUCCCACCCCUCCUGGCCAGUCACCAAACAGGUACAAGAGGUCUAUAAGCGGGAAGAAGCUGUGCUCUUCCUGUGGGCUUCCUUUGGGGAAAGGAGCUGCGAUGAUCAUCGAGACCCUCAAUCUCUAUUUUCACAUCCAGUGCUUUAGGUGUGGCGUUUGUAAAGGACAGCUUGGAGACGCAGUGAGUGGGACUGAUGUCAGGAUUCGCAACGGUCUCCUAAACUGUAAUGAUUGCUACCUGCGAUCCAGAAGUGCUGGCCAGCCCACAACAUUGUGACAUGGCUUUUCUGGCUUCCAGAUCAUCCACCAUGUCUUUCUAGAGAGUGUCUCCUGGCGAUCGUUUAACAGAGUUCCAAGUUCAGGGGCUUCUCAGCGUUCAUCUAAUUUCUGAAAGGCUGUUCUAAAAAAUGGUAUCUGUUCUUUUAUAGCACAUUGUUUGUGUUUCUCCUGUUUUUCUUUCUUUCUUUUUUGCAUUUGCACAGUACAUACAAAAGAAUCUUGAAUUGGAAUGGUUCUGACUAGCUCAGAAGAAGGGGUUAGUGUGGUCAGGCAGACUUCCAGUUUAAAAUGUGUUAUUCUCUUCUUUUGGGACUUCAUGAGAUAAAUGAUUCAAUAAACCUGUUUUGUUUUAGUAUUUCUAGGAAUUAAAUACUUUGUGUUUACAAAAUUGAGCUGCAGAAAGUGCAAGACAUGCCAAUUUGAGACACGCGGUCUUUUAAGACAAGAGCAUACAAUUACUGCAUUUCAGAAACUAAAAACCACAUUAUAUAGCUCCGAGCUAUAACUUGUUUUUAAUGCAAAGACACUAACCUGAUAAUAUAUACUGUAAUCCUGAAACGUGUGUUACUUACCUGUUGAGGUAGAAUUCAUACCAAUAAAUUAUUGCCCCAUCAGUGUGAGGUUUUGUAUACUUUGAAGGUUAUGCCAUUGAUAGAGUCUGGCCCAUCAAACAAAGAGAACCCUUGCAAUAUCUGUUAGACUUACGCUCUGGACAUUGCCCAAGGGUAGGGAAAAAAACAGAGGAAAAUAUUUUAAUCAUCAUUUCUAAAGUUAUCACCAAAAUAUAGAAGAAAGUUUGGUCUUCAAAAGAGUGGUGGGCCAUUGCUGGCCAUGAGAACUUUGUUGCGUGCUUCUCUUCAGACUCCACAUUCAGUAAAAGACUCAGCAUAAGACACAUGGAAGGAAGCUCUCUCGUCGAGAUCAGUCCUCCAUUAAGUGGAACCUCGGCUCACCCUGGCCUGCAAGUUCUCCGGCAGGGCCUGAAGCACAGGUGUCUAAACAAAAACAUUAAGUUCAUCCUAAGAGAAUCCAAAUGACAGAUGAUGUGAUAAGCCACUGGGGCAUGACCAGCAAGAACCUACAGGUCAUAUGUGCACUGCCCACUCUGAUGGAUAUCUGCUCGUCCUCCUUCUCCCCCAUCACCGACUCUCUUUCCUGUCAAAUUUUGGACCUUGCUCAUGGAGAUUUUGAGAGAGGAACUCUUGUGAAGAACUGGUCAUUUCUUGCCCUGCGUGGUGAGUUUCAGCUAGCCAAGAAAGAAAUCAAGUGACUAAAAAGCAUCCCAUUUUAAAUCUCCAGGCUGUUUCUUUAAAGCUGGGGAAAGGAGAACUAUUUAUUCUGCCUUAAAAUGAUGGCAAAUAAGUGAAGAUGACACUUUGUGAAUGUAGACUAUGGCUAUCCUCCUAAUAGGUUAAUGUAGUCAGAAAAGGAGAUCAAGUAGAUGUUUUUCUGUUAUGUAAGCAAUAAUUUUUUUCUGCGUCUUAUUGGGUAUGGCUAGCGAUUAUUUAUUUACAUGCUAGACGGUUCUCUGCAUGCGGGUUCCAUGUAAGUGCAGAAAUUUCCUCAGCCACUGGAGGUGUUUUGACAAUUUUGUCAUUCGGAUGAGCUGUUGUUAGACUGAAAUUGACACAUCACUUCGUUAAAAAUUGUGCCUUAGAAAAUGCAAAGCUGUUGCACAGUGAUGAAUUAUGGAUGCAGUACAUGGAAGAGAGAUGCAGUCACCUCCAAGUCCCUGAGACUUCUCACGGAGGUGUCCCCUGUUUCACAGGGGGGGAGGAAUCAAAAAAAAUGGAAAAAAUUAAAAAGAAAAAGUUUUGAAAAUGUACAGAUUAAGUUCAAUAUUUUGGUUAACCACCUGCAUGUUUUAUUAAAUAUUUUGAUAAUGUGAUGUUUACACUUUGCAUGAUAUUAGCAGAGUACUUUACCAGAAAUAAUGCACAAAACAUGUACCAUAUGAUCAUUCAUAACCGAUUUUUAUAGAAUACUUUUUACACGUGGAACUCCAUCUGUUAUGUAGGAAUCAUAUGAAUAUUGCACAUUCUCUUCUGGUUUCACAAACCCAUUUAUACCUAUUUCUUAGUGAAACUCAUUGUACAUGUAUUGAAGCUAGAAUUGAGUCAAGAAAAAUAAAGCGCAGUCUCCAGCCGCGAAAUGCUUACCCAUAAUGAACUAUAGUCACCAGCACAGAAUAAUCUCUAACAUUUUCUAAAUUCUAAUUGCCAACUGUUUCUAUUUAUGUUUGAUUUAUAUUUCAUUUGGAGUCUGGUACAUGGCAGACUAGAUCUUGUUUUUUCCGAUGCAGCAUAAUGAGUAUGAUCUAUUUCUUUUCAAAUAAUCUUUGAGAUCCCAGGAAAAAAAAAAUGCUCUGCUCUGUUGAGCUACAAUGUAAAUGUGUUUGCUUAAAAAAAAAAAAAAAAAGAUGAAGCAAGUGAAUGAUUUAUUGUUCCUGAGGAAGUAUAUCUGAUUUUUUUCUCAUACUCCAAAAGCUAGUUCCUUCUCUUUCUUACAAGUAAAUGGGGAACUCUGUUUUUCACUAGCAACUUUUCGUGACGUUUUCUCAUUCUUUCUAUGUAGUGUUAUUAAUGCAAUACCUAUGAUAGUUAUUGACACACAGCAAAGACCUAAUGAACUGGAGUGACCCACCUCCUGCGUGAGUUCGUCCGAAAGCUGUCCAGUGGGCCGGUGUUCUGUAUCAGUCACACUAACCUUCAUUUAAAAUAUUUAUUCUAAAAUGCCUCUGAGAAAUAGUAAGAAAAUAAAAAGUUGCCUAAAAUGCAACAGCUUUUAUAGCAAAUGUACAUUUAUAAAUAAAAUACUCAAAUCAAC